GCCGGAUUCCCACGAGACGUCGGGGCGUGGCUUGCGGGGGGAGCUGAGCGACGAGAAAGGGCGUCGUUUGCAAACGGGGGCCAAAGGGAGGGAGACAGACGAGAGCGAGCGGGCAGGCAUUCUUCCAGCUCGAUCCCCCCCACCCCCAUCAUAAUUUUGGAUGUUAUUCCAGCGUAAACGUUUGGGGAUCUAGGAAGAUCUACUCCGUUGUGUGCAACGCGGGUAACCGUGUUGGUCCGCAGUCGAAGAGCAAGAUCCAGGCCCGAUAGCGCCCUAAAGACCCGCUAGAUUUCCAAGGGAGAAGCCCUUUCCGUGGGUCUCGAAUGCAUCCAGCCCCUGUGUUAAUGACGUCUAGCGUAAUCUUUUGCAUCCAAGCCUCUUUUGAAUGACCCUAUGUUUUUGUGUCUAAAGCCAAAAGCGACAUUUUUUCUCUGCAAAAAGAGGCACUAAUCCAGCCCCUUCAAGGUUGAAGUCAUGUCUGGAGAAGGAGUGGCAGUUGUGGACCUCCCAUUUGAAAAUAUCUUUGCUCACGAGUUGCCAGUGGGAAUUAAGAUGGAAGAGGUGGAUCUCACAAGCGAGGAAGGACUGAGAAGGGAGAAGGCCACACAUUUUGAUGACGACGAGACCGCCAAAGGGAUCCCCGAAAGGAUAGCACCACAGCUAGUUAAACAGGAACCGGAAGAAAGGUUGGCCCAGCAUUGGGAAACCCAGUGGCAGGAAUUCCUGAGAGCAUUGCAACCCCAUCAUGCAGGGUGUGGUAACCCAGAGGCGCUGCGGGUUGAUAAGAUUGUUGAUGAGUUAUCCUUGGUCACCUUGGAGAAAGACACUGACACUGGCCAGUGUCCCACAGUGGAUGAGGGAGCCCAAAUCUCCUUAGACCAUGAGAGAGUCUUGGAUGACAGAGAUAGCAAGAAAGCAAAGGACUGUGUGCUUGGAGGUGACAGUAACAUCAGUGCUGAGAUCCAGCGCAAGCGGUUCAGGCAUUUCUGCUACCGAGAGACUGAGGGACCUCGAGAGGUUUGCAGUCAACUCCGGGAGCUCUGUCAUCGCUGGCUGAAGCCUGAGAGAUGCACCAAGGAACAGAUCCUGGAGCUGCUGAUCCUGGAGCAGUUCCUGACUGUCCUACCUCAGGAAAUGCAGAGCUGGGUCCGGGAAUGUGGGCCAGACACCUGCAGCCAGGCAGUGGCCUUGGCAGAAGAUUUCCUCCUGAGUCAAGAGGAGCAUUGGGAACAGGUGCUUCUUGGGUCACCUGAGCAGGAGGCAGCUGCUGUGGGUUCACCAUCUUCUGCUAUCAAACCAGGUCCACUCUGCAAAGGAGUCAAAGAGGAAGAGGACGAGGAAGACCCCAGCCUGUUCAGUAAAGUCAAUGGAACAACACCCCUGAGACUAGGUUCUAGUUCGUCUCCUCACUGUGCUGCUCUGGAUCCAGCUGAGGGCCUGGUGAGUUUUGAGGAGGUAGCCGUUUGCUUCUGUGAGGAGGAAUGGGCUGUGCUGGGUCAAGGCCAGAGAACUCUGUACAGGGAAGUCAUGAUGGAGAACUAUGAAAAUGUGGGUGCUCUGGGAUUUUGGGUUCCCAAACCUGAUCUCAUCUCUUGGCUGGAAGAAGGAGGAGAUGCGUUCCUCCAUGAUUCCAAGGAAAUGGAAAGUUUUUCAGAUGAUGCCACUGUGAGUGGGGUCAAAGAAGAAGACCUGAAGCUAGAUAUCUCUAGACCAGAAGAGUCAUUGGAGAUUUUCCCAGGAAGAUUCCAAGAGGAUGUUUCUUUGCCAACUCUGCAGCACUGUGAGAGCGAUGGCAUGGCCAGUGAGAAUGAGGACGAGAUGACUAAUCAGGAUGGCUCUGAGUCAGCAGGGUUGCUGGGGACCUUAAUAGGAGGAUCCCGAAGGGACACUUCUGUGAAGUCAGAACCUUGCGAUCAGGGCUACGAGUCUGACAGGCAGCAGCGGUACCAGGCCGUGAAGAUGUGGGGUAUAUCCAUCCAGAAACUGGAGAACAUCACAGCGGAGACCCUUGGCGUCAUUCAGAUGGGGGAGGAGAGCCACAUGUGCCGCAAGUGCGGGCAGACAUUUGAACACCAGUCGGGACUUAUCGUGCACCAAAUGAUCCAUACAGCAGAGAGGCCCUAUGAGUGUCUCGAGUGUGGGAAAAGCUUCUGCCAGAGGGAGAACCUGCUUGCACACCAGAGGAUCCACUUGGGGGAGAGACCUUAUGAAUGCCUCCAAUGCGGGAAACACUUCAGCACCAGGUCCCAUCUCAUUACCCACCAGAGAAUCCACACAGGUGAGAAGCCUUACGAAUGCCUUCACUGUGCGAAAAGCUUCAGCAACAAGUCAUCCCUGGUGACCCACCAGAGGAUACACACUGGAGAGAAGCCUUAUGAGUGCCUGGAGUGUGGCAAAAGCUUUUGCCAGAGCGGCCAGCUGAUCAGGCACCAGAGAAUCCACACAGGGGAGAAGCCCUACGCCUGCCCCCAGUGUGGGAAAUGCUUCUGCCAGAGAGGACAGUUGAUCAGACACCAGAGGAUGCACACGGGGGAGAAACCUUAUGAAUGCCUUCAGUGUGGGAAGAACUUCAGCAGGAAAUCGUACCUUGACAUUCACCUCCGCAUGCAUACGGGAGAGAAGCCCUAUGGGUGCCUGGAGUGUGGGAAAAACUUCUGUCAGAGUGCCCAACUGAUCCGGCAUCAAAGAAUCCACACAGGUGAAAAGCCUUUCACGUGCUCUGAGUGUGGAAAAAGCUUCUUCCAGAAAGAGAAGCUGGUGAGGCAUCAGAGGACCCACGUGGAAGCAAAACCCUAUGAAUGCUCUGUGUGUCAAAAAACCUUCCUGCGGAAAGACAAGCUCAUUCAUCACCAGAAAGCUCAUAUGGGACUUGAGACAUUAUGAAUUGUUCCUUUUUUUUCAGUCUUGCAAGUUUUGUAAAACUUAAUCUCGUCCUUCACUUGAGAAACAUUAGAAGGUUCUUGUGGUAACUUGGGCCAUUCCAAAUAAAAGAAAAAUGAUACCAGAUUGAAGUAGAAGAAUUGACUGUUUUCAGCAGUAGACAGCCAGGUGCCUCCAUAAAUUCCCAAGCAGAGCAGGAAAACAAUGGCUAUCGCCUUUCUAUUGGGUUGGAGAAUAUUCUGUUACAUCUCAAACGUAACUUGUUUGAUAAUCUACGUAUAUGAGGAAAUCUUGUCCUUGUUCUUUUCUAAAUCAGUGUGGGAUUAGGGCUGUUCUUUCUUACUAAAAUUUAAAGAAACAGAAGCAUUUUACAAAUCAUUCUUGAGACUCCCAGUAAUUACAAACAUGACAUCCUGUGAUUCUUUGUAGGCAAUCCGCUGCAGGGUGAAAACAUAAACUAGAGAUCACUCUCCAGCAUCCUGCAGUUAGUUGGUCUGUCUUAGCGUCACUUGUAUAUAUUAAUCCAUUCCAACACAAUAAUUGUGCCAGCUUUCAAAUGCAGGAAUAACUUCCUAGAGGUCUUCCAUGUCUUUAAGCGCUAACUGGUGCUGUGACAAGACUUUGCCUGAUCAGUAUAGAAGGUCUUGAAUGGAAAAGAUAGGUUUUCAAGAAGAUGAUUUGCUAGUUGGCUGAAAUUUGGAAUGUUUCAUUUAAUGCCAUUUGGUAGUCUCGCCACUGCUAGCCCUGCCUCCAUUUCCACUCCUGGUGCCAAUCCCACUGCUGACACCACUCCUUAUUCUUCAACUGACAUAAUCAUAAUCCAAGCUUCUAUGGCUGUGUGUUCAAACAGUGGUGGCCCUGGCGCUUUCAGAAUUGAUUGGAAGGUGUGGGAGCAAGCACACAAAUCUGAUAGAUCACUGUUUUGACAAAGAAUUAAAAUCAGUUUGAAGCUGUAGCUCUUGACUCAAACUCAGCUAGCACAGGAGGAGGAGUGAACUUUUUAGAACGAUUGCUCUCUGUGGAUUCAUGUGCUCCCACAACUGUUCUCUUAGGCCUAAAAUUGAGAGAGUGGAAUGGAUAUCUCUUAUCUGUAACCCAAGGAUACCACAUCAGAAAUUGUGAAAGCCAUGUGUGUGUAAAGUGUUGUCAAGCUGCACCCCCCUUAUGGUUUCAAGGCAAAAGACAUUCAGAGGUGGUUUGUUAUUUCCUGCCACAGCAUAGCAACCCUGGACUUCCUUGGUGGUUUUCCAUCCAAGUACCAACCAUGGCCAACGCUGCUUAGCUUCCAACAUCUGGAUUGCAGAAAACACAGCUUGAGGUCCUACAUGACGAAGAGAGCUUUGACUCUUGAAAGCUCAUACCAUGGAAAUCUAGUUAGUCUUUAGGGUGCUAUUGGACCUGAAUCUUGUUCUUCGACUGCAAAUCAGCAAGACUACCUACCUGAAACUACCCACGUAAUAUCCGUUUUCUUAAUCUUGUGAUUGGUUUUUGAGAGGUAGCAUUUGCCAUAAUUCCUGAACACUGUGAAUAGCAGAAAAUCGUAAGAUCUCCCCCCACACCUGGUCGUUAUACUUCCUUGAUGCAGCAAAUGGCACCCUGGCCGCACGGUGCUGGUACUAUCUAUAUCUACAGCCAGGCAUCUGGAGGAGGAAAGACCUGUUUGAACUGAGGCAGCAGAUGGUAUGCAGCAGACCCUGCCAGGCUUCACUGCAAAACCAGGAGCCUUCAGAAUUGAGGAAAGCACAACAACGUAUCAGGUGCCAGCACAGCUCAGUUUUUUGCAGUUGGAGGAGCGGUGCACAGGUGCCAUGUAGUGUGUGAGGAGAGUGCAUGCUGAAGGGAAGUGCCGGGACCUGGGAAUGAACAAAAGGAGCCAUUCUGAAGCACUUUGGCUAGCAUGCUUGAUCAAGGGGGCGUAUCAUCCCCAUCUCUGUUUCUGUAUAUAUUUACUAAGGGAUAUAUUCUGUACAAUGAACCCACUGUGUCUAUGGUUCUGUCUACACUGUAGCUAUCUUCAUAGGGAGAGCGUGAAUGCUUCCAGUCACUGAUAACUUUUCUUCUUUCUCCAACCUUAAGUGGUGAAAAUUGGGGUUUUGCAGUGCGCCUCUGCCCUCCAGCCACAAAAUUGCGCCAGUCCCUUAUGAAAAAGGAUGUAUUUUUCACGCUCAUGUGCAUGACAACCCACGAGUGGACUGGGAAGUGAAAACAGAGGAGGCCAAGAUGAGCAACCUUUGUGGUGCUACAGGCUAGCACUGCAGGGCCACUCGGCAAAGCGGGGCUGCAAUGGACAUUAGCUCACUUGCUGCAUUGACCGCCCCACCCCCACCAAAAAAACCUUGAAGCAGUGCAGGAGACAGAUGGUGAACUGACACAAACUGCCAUGGCCGCUAAAGAGUACAGGUGAAGUGUCCCCUUAGGCUAGGGCAGAGUUGCUGGCGAUUGCCUCUGCUUGCUCCUGGCUACCGACAGCCCUCUAGAUUUCCAUGUAAGUUAAAUGGCAAGUCUGCCCCUUUGACAACCCCACAACUUAAGCAGAGCUUUUCCUGCUCCAUUUUGGGAUUGUGUAGUAUUGGAAUGGCAUUCCUUCCUUUUUUGGGUCGAAUUUUGUGAGCAUAUCUGACCGUUUUUGGUCUCCCUCCUUAACUCCCAUCUGAUUAGAAUUCUACGCCGUACUACGUUCAUGGUGUGUGACAUGGACAUAGUUCCUUAUAAAAGUGGGAGAAACUGAGGUAGCCGGUAUAAUGAGCUCACACCUUUGGAAACACUGCCCACAUUAUGGAAUGCACAGAUGUCAGGGCAGGGUUGUUCAAUUGCCUACUGCUGUUUCCCCUUAACUGCAGUUUCCUCCAGGCAGCAAGUCAGAAACUUCUCCCAAGACAGGAGUAACUCAGAUGUUCAUUCAUCCUGUACCACAAACGGAGUUGAACUGGGUCAGCAGAAAGGUUCUUGAUGACAAGCAGUAGUCUCUGAUUCUGUCAUACUUUAGACAAGCCAUAAAAAUCUCCCUCCAGCCAGCCUGGUGUCAUUUGAGUUCUGAUGCUGGGUGAGUGCCAAAAUCAUAGCUCAGGAUACAAGAAGCAUAUUUAAAGAUACUAAUCCUUUCAUUUCCAGCACUCCACCAUCACCUGUUUAGGCUACAGAUUAGUCUGGAAAAGAAAAGAUGUUCCCAGUUGAUAAAAAAGUUCAGCUGAGAUUGGAAAAGCUCUUUUGGAUGUCUAGGAAUAAUGGCACAUCCAAAAGAUUACUGACUCUUUCCCCCCCAUAUGUCAUAUCAAUAGGUCCUUUUGAAAAUGCCCUCAGUUUCAAAAGCAGUUUGCUAGGUAGCAGUGGGCUCAUGCUAAGAAAUAUGAACUGAAGGAUCCUUUGGGAUCCUGACUUGCAUCAAUACUUCCUUAUCAAAUGAGGCCACAGUAUUUUAGACCAGCUACAUUUUUUUAGACUAAGCCCCCCAGUGUGGUGCCUAUGGGUACUAUAGUGCCUGCUGAUUAGAGAUGGGCACGAACCAAAAUACGAACCAAAGUUCGUGACGAACUAAGCCAGUUCGUGGUUCGUGAACCAGUGGUUCGUCAGAGCCCAUUUCAGAUGAACUGCAAUAAACUUUAGGCUGGUUCGUUUGGUUCAGUUUUUGGUUUGUCACUGCAGACAGCCUGGUGCCGAUCAAUCAGUUUCCUAAGAUGGACUUCCUGCAGACCUUCUGCUGACCCGGAAGUGGCUUUCUGCUGGCCCAGAAGUGACAAUUUGCUGACCUGGAUUUGCUGAUCUGUGACGAUUUCAUGAACCAAAAGAACUGGUUCGUAAACUAAGGCAGGUUCGUGAAAGUUUGUAGUUCAUGAAAUGCGACGAACCACGAACCCCACGGGUUUUUUCCGGUUCGUGCCCAUCUCUGCUGCUGAUAUCAUUUCUGUUAUAAACCAAGUGUUUUUAGAAAGUGUGAGGGACCAAAUGGGGCUUUUGUCCAGCAAAGUUUCUGACUGGUCACUGGAGACCUGGAUAGCUGUGCAGAUCUUGAAAAAUGUUGCUUUGGCAGCAACUGCCAUCACAACACAAGGAUCUUCAUUGUGUGACUGAUGGUGUGUAUGCAAGAAAAUAUUUUUAAAUGAUAUGUUCAUUUUAAAAAGUAUCCUGUUAAAAAAAGUAUCCUGCUAAAAUAUUGAGAGUAACUAUUAGAGUUCUGCAUGAUCUCACUUCCUGACAUUUUGUGGUUGGCUCCGCCUCCUGCAGCAGCCAUUUUGUGGCUUCAUUCACCGUCUUGUGUCAGAAUUCUAAAGGUGCCCACAGGCUCAGAAAGGUUUCAGAGGCCUGAUUUAGACAACCUGUUUCAUUCCGCAAUCAAAAGUUUAGCAUUGGGGCUUUAUGUGGGGAAUGAUCUUCUGAUUUCCUUAUGAAUCUAAAGUUGAUUGUCAAACUGAGCCCCUUUCAGACAUGUUUGUUCCACCAGUGUUCACUUUGGGUGAAUAUAAAAAACAGUUGCUUGUUGAGCAAGAACUGGUUGGCUAAAAUGGCCUACUUCAUUCACUUAGUAAAAGCUGAUCAGAUAGCAAGUCUGAGUCACAGGAUGGGAUGCAGCUUCCUGUACUCGAGGACUUCAAUCUCUUCACCCCAUGUGCUCUACAUACUGUUCUUUCCACUGCCGGGCAUCCUAAAUGGUCUCAGCACUUCCAGCAGUGAGAUUAUGCAACUGCCAGGAAUUCUCUAUGAUCCUCUGAUGCUGCCCAGUGAAUCAGCCCAAAGUGGGUUGAUGGAAAGGGGGCAUUACAUUGAAUUGGGGAGCUGAACGGAAGGGCAGCAUUUUGCCUCUGAGGAACUGUGUUUCAAGGGGAAAGGAUGGUGGCUAUUGCUAUGUUGCUGCAAUUUUUUUCAAUUGAAGCAAAAAAGUUGAAACCUUCCACUGUGAUUGUUGAAAGAUUGUUUGAGCUCUUUGUCAAAACCAAGCCUAUGACUACCAUCUCCUUGCUUGUCAAACUGGGCCUGUCGUUACUGGUUCCUUGCUAAUGCUUGACUUUGUAAUUACCAUUCGCUUCCUUGUCAAAAUCCAUAUAUAAGGAAGGCUAGUAAUUUUUUAAUCUUAAUUUGUACCCACUUUUUCUCAGUGGAGAUCCAUAGAGGCAUACAUCGUUCUCCUUUCUUCCAUUUUAUCUUCCCAAUAACCCUGUAAGGUAGGUUAGGCUGAGCCUGAUGGCCCAAGGUCAUCCAACAAGCUUCUGUGGCAGAAUGGGGCUUCAAAUCUGGGUCUCCCAGAGCCUCAUCUGACAUUUUAACCCCUGAACCCCACUGGUGGUGGUGGUUCCUUGUCCGUUUGUUGAUAAAACGGGGCCUGUAACAAACCAUAUAGAAUAGUUUGGGAUCCUUGUCCACAAAUCUAAGGUUCCAGCAGAUGGGUUCUGAAUCUAUACAAGUUUGGUAAAUAUUGGGCAUGGGCCGGAAGAAGAAUCAAGAAAUUAUAAUGGGACCGUACCAAGGUUUUUUCUUGCCUGAGGUGGAGAAACCAAACAACACCUGCUCUUUCACUCUAAGUAGCAGGGGGUACAAUCCUGCUGUGCCAUGCCUUUCAGUAAGGCUUGGACAGAACUUCCUCUGGCUUGUGCCAGAGGAAUUGGAUCUUAGAUCUUUUGGUGUCUUGUCCUCCCCCUCACCAACCAUUUAGCUUUUAGUGCCUGAGGCGAUUUCUUCCUUUUGGCUCACAGCCUCUGCUUCUGGAAACGCUGCCCAUUUUACAAAAGGGAAGGCUAUAUCCAGAUCUCUGUGUUAGCGGUUUCUGAUUUGCCACUAGAUCUUAUUAAUAGACGUGAUUAGCAAUGUGCCUUGUUCUUAAUUCUGCUUUUGAAUUGGUGUUGAGGUCUGAUUCCAGCUAAGAAUGGAUUCCCCCACCCCACAAACACCAGUAAAGCCGUUCCAUCUGUUUCUCCCCUCACCCCAUUAUGGGAAGCCCUAGAUGAGCAAUAUCAGAUGCGCACAUUGUAAUGAAGUAAAAUGUUGUUCUGCUUUGAUCAGUGUUUGUUUGUGACAUUUGUUUAGUGACUUGCCACCAUUAUGGCAUUUGAUGCCCUUGGUAUUUUCUUCAAUAAAU